UUUACCUUGCAGCACCAUACACACACACACAGACGGGGAAAAUGAGCACGCAGCGUGGAAACGCGAGUCGCACACGUGCACAAAAACACAAGAAUCGUCAUGUAUUCAAGAACGAUUUGCACGACAAGACGCCACAGCAAAUGCGUCUCAACAAGAUGCAUGUUUCGACGGUGUGCCAGCGCUGUAAGGAGGUCAUCGAGUGGAAGAUCAAAUACAAGAAGUACAAGCCCCUCACACAGGCCAAGACCUGCGCGCGCUGUCAACAACGCACGGUUCGCAAGGCGUAUCAUGUCAUCUGUCGCGACUGCGCGGUCAAGGAUCAUGUGUGCGCGAAGUGCCUGAAGAGCGCUGACGAGGUGGCAAUUGAGGCGCCGGAGCCAACACCGCAGGAGGAGCAACAGUUGCAGGUGGAGAUGGAUCGUUUGAUUAAAUCGUUUUCGGAGCGCAAACGUCGUGCGUUUUUACGCUUUAUGGAGAAGGGUCGCAAACAAGAAGCAGCUGAGGCAGAGGAGCCCCUGGACGAGGAAGCGAAAGAGGCACAAGAGAAGGCGACGCGAGUACGUCACACGCGAGAAGAGUUGCUCGAGAAGAUUAAGCAGUUGAAUCUAGCUGAAGAGGGCAACGAUGACGAUGAGUUCGAUGACGACGAUGAGUUUGAUGACGAUGACGAGGAGGAUGAUGACGAUGACGAUGAUUCGGAACUCGAUUCCGACGACAGCGACAGUGAUGUGGCUAGCAAAGUGAAAACAAAAGAUCUGCCUGCGAAAAAAUAACACCCAUCCUCGCUUUAUUUGUUUACAUAUACACUAGUUAAUAUAUUAAUACAUAUAUUUUUUUUUGAAUAUCGUAAA